AUUCUUGAGCGCCGAGUCCCCCCAAUAGACCUGUGUCGCCCUUUCUGUCCGUCCCACCGCCUCCUCGGAUCGAUUCGGGGCUCCCCAGGCAUUUCCACAACCAAACCCAGUCUCCUGUUCCCUCAAAACUGUCUUUACCCCCCAACAUACACACCAGCAGCCCCCCUGCCACUCCCCCUCUUACUGGGCUUCUGCCGGAUCUCGCAGCAGCAGGUUCUUCCCUGGGGGUCCCGCCUGCCUGGCCUCCGCCCUUACUCAGCCCUUGUGUCCGAGGCAGGUACAGUAGACAGUUCCUUCCAAGGAGAUGUCGAUUCCAUUCUCCAACACCCACUACCGAAUUCCACAAGGAUUUGGGAAUCUUCUAGAAGGGCUAACACGCGAAAUUCUGAGGGAGCAACCGGACAAUAUACCAGCUUUUGCAGCAGCAUAUUUUGAGAAUCUUCUAGAGAAAAGAGAGAAAACCAACUUUGAUCCAGCAGAAUGGGGGGCUAAGGUAGACGACCGCUUCUAUAACAACCAUGCAUUCAAGGAGCCAGAAACACCUGAGAAAGGCGAGCCUGUAAAAGAAAAGCUUCAGACAUCUGUGCAAGAGGAGACCCCGGUCACACCCUUUGAGUUUUCUGAAGAGGACAGAGAAAAGGAGGAGCACGCUGCUGUGAAAAUCCAAGCAGCCUUCCGGGGACACUUAGCCAGAGAGGAGAUGAAGAAAAAGAGGUCCUAUGAGAACACUGCUCUCGCACAGAACACAGAAGAAAAUGAGUGAGAAGACUGGUUUUACUGGCAUCACCCCCACCCCCUACUCCCCCAGAACAUGAGAAGAUAAUGUGAACCAUCCACCUUGUUGUGACUGUCAUUUUUCCCUUAAUAAGGGAGAUGUGAUGUGGUGAGAUAGCAUUUGCUGCUGUUGAGAAAAUCUUUCGUGAGCAUUUGUUUAAUAAACAUGCCAUUGUAAACAUG